AUGGUGAAAAGACAGACACAAGAUCUACGGGCAGGCGGGAGGGGGCUACGUAAAAAUGGAAAUACCCGGCUGUUGCCUAUCCACACAAUCUCGCGAUCCUCCGCGUCUCGUUGGUUGAGCGCUCGCGUACACUCUCACGGUCAUCUUCGUUCCCCGCUGUCCGUUCGAUGGUAUGUGUAUUACCAUACCUCUCCGACAUGGGUGACCAUAGACCGGCUCAGAAGUGGCCGAGACAUUCGCCUCUCGACCGCGACCAUGAGAGCACUCAACUCGCGACGCCCACAGCUAACGAGUACCUUCUAUCUCUUCCCUCGUUCCUUCUUCUGUCUUCUGCUCCUGUUGUUCGUUCUUCACGGCAUCCGAGCGCGUAGCGUGCCCCGCGAUGAGGAGGGCCUGGCCCAGCCCGAAGCCAACCGUUCGGCAGUCGAGGACAAAGCCAACGUCGAGCUAACCAAGGUGGAGGACAGUGCGCAACCGGAACCAGUGCAGGGAAAACUGUUGACGGUCGAGAACGAUGGCGCUGAGAAUGAGAAGGUCCAGCCUGAGGAACCGGGGGAUAUCGAAGGGAAGAUUUCGCAGUCGGAGAUUGGGAACAAGUUGCAAGAGGCUGGAAAGAGCGACGACCAGUCCGUCGAUCAGUCGCCGCGAGAGAACUCCGUGGCGUCCCUUCAGGAUUUCGACGCUGAGAAAGAGAAGGCGAAGAAGAGCGACGAGGCUGAGGCGUCGAGCCUCGACAACCCCGGCGCGCUGAAGCAGGACCAAGAAGACGCUAGCGUGGUUAAGAAGAGACGCAGAAACGACGUGGCUCUCGUUGGUAAGUCCGACGUUCAGGGAAGCGAAGGAAUUUCUGUCGAGCAGAUCGGGAAAGCCCAAGACGAAGGAAUCCGGAGGUUCGACGUGCAGGUGGACGCGGAUGGCGCUGCUCCUUCGCAGGAAAACGCCGGCGACGCAGUCAACGACACCGGUACUCGUAAACGACUGAUAGAAACUCAGCAAGCCACGGAAGACCAGGCAAAAAAGUCGAAGCAAUCUCCCUCGAAGGUGGUUCCCGAAAAAAGUCAGAUCAAAGCGAUCGAAGAGACGAAGGAAGAGAUCCCUGGUUACUUUCGGAAAUCAGUUAUGGUCGAGGACAGCGACGAGGAGAAGGAGAAAAUUGGUUCGGACGAAAAUUCGAACGGGGACAGAGAGUUCAGGUAUUUGGAUGGUAGCACGAGCAAAUCCAGACGCAAGAGCUCCACCGUCUACCUGAACGCCGAGGAGAAGAAGAUACCCGACGGGGAGCAGCAGUCUAUCGUCGAGGGACAAAUUAAGAAGCUGAUAUCGAUUCGAGACGACGCCCUGGACGCCCAACACACGGACAAGCUGGACGAGGCCAAGGUUCUGAACUCUAAGCGGGAAGUUGGGAUGGAUGAAGUCGCCUUCGCGCAAGAGAACGUCCAGACCGAGGUCAAGAACAAGGCUAACAAAGAAAAGUCCGGCAGAGCUCAGAAUCUUCAUCAGGUGAAAUUGAUCACCCCGGAGACGCUGGUGUACAAUAUCCUGCAGGACGCUCUGGAAUCCUAUCCCAGCGACGAGACGUUGGUGUCUUACGUCAAUCCGGAGAACGAGACGCUGAGAGAACUUCUGACCUCCAAUCAAUUGAGUAUCAUUCAAAUGGCCGAGAAAUUAUUGCCCCUGACGUUACGCCAAGAUUACUCCGACAAGAUGUUCUCCUGCGUCCGAAGAUUCGAAUACUUCAGCUGCAUAAAAUACUUCGCCUGGCCCAUGAUCAAGCAGUACUUCCCAGCGCUGCCAGCUUUUCCAGAUUACCAGAGUUGGUACCCUGUCGUCGAUUGGUACCCUCAGUACCCCAUUCUUCCCUUUCCCAGUCCCGUGGGCGACAUUGGCGAAUUGCCGGAAGUCGUGGACGCCGAUGCCACCAGAAACAGGAGGCCCAGACCAGAGGUGCUGAUCAUCCGGGUUCUCCAGAACACUUUGAAGGAACAGCCACGAAUAUCGGCGUCGACGUCGUUCCUGGAUCGUUCCGGGGACUCCUACGCUGCUCUGAUACCCCAAGAUCAGCUGCUGACCAUCAACAUGGCCGAGCAACUGAUCCCAGUCUCCUACCGACCAGAAUUCGUCCAGAAGACCGUAAACUGCAUGAAAGAGUACAACUAUCUGACCUGUAUCAAGUAUUCGACCUGGCCCACCGUCAGGCAAUUCAUACCCACGCUCCCGGACAUCUCGGGCCUGUUGCCAGAUUUUCAAAUCCCAGGUAUCUCAGACAUUUUCAGCUACGUUCCGGAGAUCCCGAGCUUUCCAGAUCUGAGUUCUUACUGGCCGAUCGCAGGUUCUUCCGACCAGCAGGCAACGGGAACGCCAACCUUCGUACUGCUGAAGAGUAGACCAGAGGUUCUUCAAUCUUCCAACGAACAAGAGAUCAAGAUCAUAGAUACCCUGCUGAAGAUACGAGAAUCUCUGUCGAAAUCCUCAGGAGCAUCGCCGCCAUUCACUCUGACCGGAAACGCGAUAACGUUCGCCACAUUAACGAAAAGUCAGCUCGACAUUCUGCGAUUGGCCGAAUGCCUGAUACCGCCUGCUGCUCGACCGGGUCUCGUCACCGAAGUUAUCGUCUAUCUCCAGAGAAACGACAACUUCAUCGAUUGCGUCAGGUACGUGAUGUGGCCGACGAUCGCCAGAUACGUGUCAAGCUUGCCCGAGUUCCCCAUUCCGGAGAGCAGAAAGCAACCGGCCAACUUGGCGAACGCGCAAGAACAACUGGAAGCGAAAGCAACCGCGGUCAACGAACAGGCACAGGAACGAGUUGUUUCAGGCGUCGAAGCCGAGAAGCCCGUGUCGACUCGUUUUCAGGACAAGGAAUCGCAAAACAACGGACAGCAGAACGUUCCGGUGAUCAGCGUGACGGGCACCAGAUUCGUUCCACUGUUCACGGAGCACCCAGAAUCUGUUAUCUUCAAUAUUCUUCGGUCGGUGCAAUUACAAUCGCUGAAUCUAAACCGAGCAACCACCAUCCCGACGAUCAAGAACCAGGAAAUCUUCAAUUACAUCACCGUGCAACAACAAAGUAUCGUGAACAUCGUGGACAGCUUGCUGCCCCAGAGCAUUCGUAACGAGUUCGCCGAUAAAUUGAUCACGUGUCUAAAAAUAAACAACUUCAUAAUAUGCAGCAGGGACGUGAUUUGGCCAACGUUGUUGCAGUACUUUCCCUGGUUGCCCGCUUUCCCGAAUUUUGGGUCCCUCUUAAACUCCUCGAGCAACGAUACAUCCUCGAAUUCGCCUAAACAGAACCUGACGGAAUCCAACGCGGACAAUCGUCCACUCGCCGAGACCGACGUGACGACGGGUGUGCACGGAGACACCACCGUGACCAUCACCGACACGAGAUUCUUCCCGAUCUUCAACGAGAUGCCUGAAUCGGUAAUACUGAACAUCCUCAAGUCCGUGCAGCUCACUCUUCCAAACCUGCAAAGCACUCCGGUUCCGACGAGGACGCAGGAGUUCGCUAGUUUCCUCACGGAACAACAGAUCAACAUCGUGCAGAUCGCCGAGAACCUGCUGCCUAUCUCGUUACGUCCAAGCUACAUCAGCAAAUUUACUCGUUGCAUGAGGGAAAAGAACUUCUUGGAAUGUACCAGGGACGUCACUUGGCCGACGAUCGCCCAAACGUAUCCGUUCCUGCCUAGCUUCCCCAACUUCGGUGGCUAUCAGAACACGCCCAGGAUCCGGUUCCAAGUGUUCCUGUCGGAGAAAUCUCCGAAUUUAGGGGGCCAAGCCGCUCAGGACACCUCAAACCAGAAGACGGAAGCGCUGCUGUUGCAGGAGGCCGAGAAGAGAAUAGAGAACAUUCUAAUGAACUCUUUGGGAAAGUCCAGCCCGAAACUCGAACGAUCCUACUUAGACGACAGCAAUUUCGCCUUCCCCCACCUGACGAAACGACAGGAGCACAUCAUCAAGCUCGUGGAGCUCGGGAUACCGGACUCGGCUCGAGCGACGUUCGUCGAGAAGAUGCUGGAGUGCACGAAAGGUUACAAUUUCGUAGCUUGUACGCAGAGCAUCAGUUGGCCCACGCUCAAGGAAUACGUACCCUCGUUGCCAGACUUCUCCAACAUCAACGAUCUGUUUUCUCCGUUGUCCAACGUCCCCCAGGUUUCCUUGGAAUCGUUUCCCAGCGCACCUAUUCAGAAUCUUCCAGGAAACGCCGAGUAUCCCGGUGGACUGUCGCAGACACCUGGUGGGAUCUCCCAGUUAGCCGACGGAAUUCCCCAGGUACCGACAUUCUCGCAGUACCCCGGAUAUUUUGGACAGGGCGCUUCCGGUGGGCAGUUCUUCUCUCGUUCGGGCGUCCAAGGAGCGCCAGCGAUUACGCCGUCAGUAGGUAACGAAGGAACGGUACCCGGAUACGCAGGCCAACCACCAGGAAUUUUCUUAGACAUCUCGAAGGAGAAGGUUCAGAUACCCGACGCCGUUCAACGACCAACAAAGACUGAGGACUCGAAAUCCAGAAAACGCAGGAGCAUAGAACUCUCGAACACUUAUUACGGAACCGACGGAUCGCCUAAGAGUUCUUCGUCCUCGUCCCUGACGGCCCCGAACAUAACGGAAUCCGAGUAUCUUCAGCUUCUAAUUCGAAUAAGGGAGACCGCGAGAUCCGCUAGUGAUGUUCCUCCCGCGUCCAAGAAAUAUUACGUCGACAGUUUGAAUUCCACGAUCAGAAACUCUCUGACCGCCGACCAAUACGAAAUACUGAAGGUGGUCGACGACUUGGACCAGAAUCGGGCGAGCAGAGGCCUCGCGCAGCAGGUCAUCCAGUGCAUCACUGGCCUAAGCUUCAUCAGGUGUUUGGGUAUUUUCAUUUGGCCGCUGAUCGUCAGCAAUCUUCCGUCUUUCCCAAGUUUCGGUAUCCUCGGACGUUCCUUGGAUACGGAGCACCAGGUGCAGGAAUUCUUCGGCAUGUCCACUGGGGACUUUGAGAAGGAGCUGCUGACGAGAAAGGAGUCGAUCGAGCACUUCUUGGUUGACUGGUACCAGAAACUGGUCGACGACAAGUUCCAGACGAACGUGGGCUUUUUGAAGAUCAGGGGAUACGGUAACGGUGAACUGGGGUUCAGCUUCUCCGGGUUCAGGGAGGGCAGGGGCGCCAAGCUCAAAGACAACAAGAACCUCCCCAGCAUACUGACGAUCAUCAGCGACAUCAUGGAGGAAGUCUUGGACCAGCGUCCGGAGGGCGAGAAACCGAAGAAGGAGAAGGAGAAACGGGAGAAGAGCAUAGACGUCUCAAGGGAAGCCGAUAUCCAGUUCUUGAAGGACAGCGUGGAAUACGUCGACAUCAAGAGGUCAAUGAAUGAUGACGAGAUCAUCACGAUGUUCCUGGACAAGAUCAAGUCGAACGACUCCGAUGCGGACGGCGACGGCAAGUAUUUCGGCCUGGAAGACGCUUACAACGCGUUCGGGGUCCUUUUUGGUCCCCGGUUGCACAGCAGGCUCGCCGACAAGCUGCAGAACUUGAACCACCAGCUGAGAUCCGUGGAAGGUUCGAGCGAGGCGGACAAAGAAGUGGACAUCGUGUCUCUGGAGGCGGAGAAAGACGGGGAUUCCGACGAGCCGAAGGUUUUGUCGUUGAAGAGUCAGGUGACGUACGACUUGGAGAAAGAGUCCUCCAGGGACCAAGAAGAAAAGCAACGGCAGAAGCGGGCCAAGAACUUGUUCAAGUCGUUUCUGGACAAGCACUCGAAUAAGUAUCUCAAGGAGUCCGUGGUGGAGAGGCUCGACGACGUGGAUGAGAACAAAAUCAUCGGGGAUGAUCGCGACCAGGACAGGAGAACGGGUCUGAUCGUGAAAUUGCCGCGACUAAACGACGAGAUCGUGUCGAGGAAGAUGACGAGCUCUAUGGCGCACCUGGGCAAAGCCAUGAAGGACAAGAUGAUGCAGAUGAUGCCUGGUGUCGGACUCGUUUUAUCCUUCCUGCUUCAAAUGGCCGUGGCUCACGCGCGGGCGGCCGCGUCCAUGGCCGGGAUGCUCAGCAACAUGGCGAUGGGCUCCGCCAUUAUAGGAAUGAUACGCGAUUCGUUUUUCGGGGGAAACAACAAUCCACAGAUUAAGUACGUUUACGAUAACAACAAGGUGGGAUCAGGCGUCUCCUGGCCCGUCAAGUAUGGCUCCGACUCUCACUAUCGCGGCUUAUAA